GACAUUAAAUUGACAAAUAUGACUGAUCUCUAUCAUGUUCUACUCUUAGAAAUUUAAAACAAAUUCCUAAAUAUUUUGAAUAUUUAUUUAACCUUCCAUUUUUUUUAAAUAUUCAGCCAAUAAACCAUGUGAACUUGCACAAAGGUAAGAUCAGGUUGUUUGAGUUUUUUUGAGGAGCUGAAUUUAUUGCUAUUCAAUUGUUCGUCUUUCAUUUGAAAUAAUUAUGCACUUAGGUCUAUUUUAAUGAAAAAAUCAUAUAUAUUGAAUGUAUUGCAAUUAUUAGAACAAUUUUCGAUCAGCUUCUACAAUAAAACAUGAACAUUGAUUAUUAACUUAUUAUCAGUACAAAUUUAUACUAUGUUGAAAAGCCAAUAUGCUCAAGAUUUAACAAAAAAUAUGUCAAAACUGAGAAGGAAGAGUGUUAAAGUCUUGAAAUUUUGAAAGUCAUCUAAAUAGGGACAUAGUAUCUGAAUGUAAUGAUAAUCCGAUCUUUGGAUUUGACAUGAUCUUUUAUUAGUUAAAUAUUCAAAUUGGAAAUGGAACAUACCUUUAUUGUCACUUUAUAGUUGGUUAUUUUUAUUUUGACGUCACUUGUCAUUUGUCAGUGCCCAUAAACACUCACUGGCAUGCGUGGUGUGUUCUUUUCUUUUCUAAAAACUUGACAAAAAUGGGUAUCGACAUAAAUCAUAAAUAUGAUCGGAAAGUUAGGAGAACAGAACCUAAAAGUCAAGAUGUAUAUCUAAGGCUCUUAGUAAAACUUUACCGUUAUUUAGCCCGUCGUACAAAUGCUAAAUUUAACAAAAUCAUUCUUAAAAGAUUGUUUAUGAGUAAAAUAAACAGGCCACCACUUUCGCUAUCUAAAUUAGCUCGUUUAAUGAAGAAACCUGGCCGUGAAGGACUUACGGCAGUUAUUGUAGGAACAGUAACUGAUGAUGCCAGAAUUUUUGAAAUUCCAAAAUUAUCUGUUUGUGCUCUUCGUGUAACCCAAACUGCAAGAGCAAGAAUUUUGAAAGCUGGUGGUGAAGUUAUUACAUUUGACCAACUGGCACUUAGAGCUCCAACCGGUUCUAAAACAGUUUUGUUACAAGGCAGACGCAAUGCUCGUGAAGCUGUGAAGCACUUUGGUCUAGCUCCUGGUGUACCACACAGUCAUACUAAACCGUUGGUUCGUUCAAAGGGACGUAAAUUUGAAAGAGCUCGUGGACGCAGGCGAUCAUGUGGUUACAAGAAAUAGAUUAGUUGAUCUUUAUGUUACUACUGGAUUUGUAUUUAUUUUUUAAAUAAAUAGGAACUUCAGUAAAAUGCA